AUGGAAGAAACCAGCGAAGAACUGCCCAAUUUUUAUAUCGACAUUAACCUUUUAGGUCUUGAUCCAACAAGCAACAAAAAUAAAACCGAAAGACAUUCGCUGGGAACCAAAAAAGGUCACCAAUCGGUCAAUAACAACAUUGCAAGGAAAAAUUUCCGUUUUUGUUGUUGUUUUUUAAAUUUGUUCCACCUAAUAAUAAAGUAAACAGUUGUUGAUUGGGAAUUUACCAAAACCAAAACAAUCAAGGCCGCAAAAAAUCUAAAUGCGACAAACGAAACAACAAAUUAGUCACACUUUGUCUCAAAAUUAAAUCUCUUUUCUCUUAGAAUUUAGCUCGGUGCAAGGAGAAAAAAUCCAGACACAGCUGAAACGUUUGUCGCCGGGCCGACUAAUCGCACGACACGUCAGUCCGGUACUUUCUUCUUAACAGGUUCGGCAUUCGUAAUAGCUUAUUUCUAUACAGAUCAAUACUACCAAACUAUUCAAAACAUUUUCAACCCGAUAGAAAUUUUUUUUCUUUCUCGAGGGAUUUGUUUGUUAACGUCAUGAGCGUGCACAAUAGGAAUAUGAAGCACGCUCACGCAAUUGGACUUGAUUAGACAAAUUUACUAGCUAUGUUAACUAAAUGACGAACUAAUUAUCAACUGGCAGAAUAAUUCAUAACAGAUUUAUUUUAAUAACAUGCCAGAUUUUUCUAUCGCCACCAAAAGUUAUAGACAGACGCACGUCAGCAAUUUUUCUGCAUUAUAGUAUUACAUUGAACACUUCAAUCCAAAUCACAUCGUAGUAAUCAUUACACAAUACGCCGCGGUUACUUUUGCGGUCCAAAAUGCGGAUUUAAAUGGAAUAAAUACCUUGCGGUUAAAAUUUUUUUGCCAAAUUUUCAAUACAAACCGUGGUGUUUUAGAGGUUUCCCAAAAAUCAUGUUGAUUUUGUAGAUAAUGAAAAAAAUUGCGCGGGCGGAGGUAUCCUUUAUGGUGAUGUUCAAAGCUCCGCCCGCAUUAUCUGACGAUAAUUUCAAGUUAUUCACCGAGUAAAACUACUUUCUUUACUUUCGCGAUGUUUCUAGUUCAACGAAAGACUUAUACAAUAAAGACCUUUGCUUAAGAACUCAAGUGGCUUAUUACCUUUAUGCGCGCCAAGAGAAACUGCUGGUUCACCUUUUUUUUCCGUUUUUACCCGGUAUCCGCUGCAAAUGGAUUUCUGGAUUAGGAAAUACUCACGCGAAAACUAUUUGCGAUCAAAACAAAAAAUGUUCAAAUAGUCUUUGGGUGCAUCAUGCGUUUGAUCACAGUCCAGACGACCUUUUGAACGGUCAGCUGAAAUCUUCACCGUUCUUUAAUGUCAAUGAAUAAUGGAUCUCAAUAAAAGUACCAUGAAUUUUGCGUUUGGUCAUAAGAAGUUUAAUUACACAAGGCUUGAAAACAGAGGAUUUUUUUGCUUUUUUUUUUUUUGAUUUUAGAUGGUUUAUUUGUUUUUCUCUUCAGCCGCUGAGUAAAUGUAUAGUUAUUUUCGCUUUCCAAAGUCUGAAGACUGCGUUUGAUUAAACAACAGCUAAUUAUGAACAUGUCCAAACUUCCAGACAAAUUGAAUAAUGUAAAUGACUCUGUUGUCGAGUUUUCACGAUAUCGGAUAAAGUCAGGUACGUAAUCUAAGGAGAGCACGUGCGCAACUGAAACAAUUCAUUAUCAGGGCGGUAAAUGCAAAAGAUGAUCGCAUGUAACAGAACAAGGUUGAGAGUAAGGAGAUUCUAAAACCGUUCACUGCCUGUAAACUCAUCCUAAUUGCAAAAGCUAGAAACUCCCCGUCAGCGGGAUUGGUCACAUUGGAACCUAAGCCAUAAAAAUAAUAAAGAAAGAAAUAAAGAAAUAAAUAAAAAUAAACAAUGAAGAUAAAAAUAUAUCAUUUGUUGCUUUUAAUAAUUGGAUCGGUUAACAGCCAGCCACGGUGGCUGUGUUUUCAUUUCUCCAUCAUCAUAGUUCGUUAUGGUAAUUAGAGAGGAGCACAAACGCAAAUAAAUCAAUUUUAAGUUAUUUAGCGGAAGAUGCAUGCGUUAUUCGCAUAUGGCAGAACACUCUGCACCUCCUAGCUUGAAUGGAAGGAUAUUCUUCUCGAAACGAUCGUUGGUGGAAAAUUUUAAGAAGAAAAGCCUCUGAGAUCGUGUAACAUAUAAGGCCCUGCCUGGACGAAUGCACAAUAAUGAACUUUAUCGGUGUUUACUUAGCCUCAUCUUACUCUAGAAGGGUUGGAACAAUUUGAUAAGUUAUGAACAGAGAUAUCUCGUGACGGUCAUUCAUAAAAUUAGAUUAUUACAAGUAGUGAAGGGAAGUAUUAUGCUGAGACAAGAGAUUAUUGGCAGAGAAAAUAGGUCCACCUACCUGUCAGGUAAGAAGAAACACAUGAGGGUAAAGUCCUAUCAGUUUAUAAAACUUGCCGCCACAUUUUCUGUUUAGUUUCUCACUUUCUUUGUGGUCGCAUAUGCGUGUUGCAUACCUCCAAAGAGUUACGCCCAAAUCGUUACAAUGAGAAGUCCUCAACGACGAAUAGGUAUGUAAUACCGGCUGUUUGGUAAACAAUUUGCAGUGCAUAUAAACUUCCGCAAACACUGUGGUCAUUUUUGUUUCCAAAUAUAGGACUUUUUGUGAAACAAGUAUGUCAUUUAAUACUAGAACUCUUCAAUUUGAAGAGGCAAACAGUUGUAACAACGUUUAUACCAUGGGGUCUGCAUGUAUAACUUAAUUUUGCAACGUGCAAGAAUUCUCGAGAGGCUUUCUAUAUAUCAUCAAUCAGUCGACAGAGAAAAUAGGUCCACCCACCUGUCAGGUAAUAAGAAACACAUAAGGGUAAAGUCUUAUCAGUUUACAGAGCUUGUCGCCAACUUUUCCUUGUAGUUUCUCAUUUUCUUUUUGGUCGCAUAUGCGUGCUGCAUACUUCCAAAGAGCUACACCCAAAUCAUGACAAUGAGACGUUCUCAACAAGGAAUAGACAUGUUAUUAUCAAGUAUCAUGAGAGUGUAUGGCUGCUUUAUCGUGGCUUUGGUAAUGCUGUGAAAUUCCAGUAUCAGUUGGUUUCGCGCAGACCUUCGUGUCUGAUCAUGUCUGGUCACAUGACGAGUGGCGUGAGCAGCCACUCAGUACUUUUACUCUAUGUAUUUGAUGAUUCAUGUAAUUUUCCAGUUUUAAUUUCAAGUCUAGAAGAUAAUGUCAAACCACCAUUUAUUGACUACCGUUCAAUGACUUGACAGUCGGGGACUGUUUCUGGUAAUCAUCAGUCCAAGAAAGGGAAGUCUGUCGUUGUUCUCAGGUUACAUUGUGAAGCUGAGUGAAGGGUGGAUUUCAUUCAGUGUUGACAAGAAAACAGAGGCAGAUGAAACAUUGGGCAUUUUGCUGAGGUUUUUUGGAACAAGGGUUUGACGGCACUUUGUUAAGCAGACAUCUUGUUUUGGUUUUCCAAUUUUUCUUCAAUAUGGCACAUAAACGCAUUUGCCAUUAGUGGUCCGAGAGGAGAGCUCAUGGCAACCUUAUCCACCUGCCCGUAAAAAUUUCCGUCGAAUUGGAAAAGGUGUUUUUUUAUGUUUUUUUGUUUUUUUGUUUUUUGUGAUGUUAAGGGCAUAUUUCCUAUUUAGACAGUUGCCUUCGAACGCUUUCUCUGCUAAGAUUUUGACUCUCUUCUUCACUCAGUUUUACAAUGGAACUCGAGAACAACGGCAAACUUACCUUUCUUGGAAUGAUGAUUAACGGAAAUAGUCCCCGACCAGAAACGAAGGUCUACGCGAAAACAACUGAUACUGGACUUUUAUUGCAUCACCAAAGCCAUGUUGACGAAAAGUACAAACUGUCUCUGCUGAGGAUAAUGUUAAACCGUGCGUUUAGUCUACUCGAACUGGAUUUUUUUCCAUCGAGAAUAUGAACGUGAAAAAAAGGCUUUUGCGUGAGCCGACACUUUCAUCACCGUGUGGAGGAACACAAGUAAUCAAAACUCGGUAAUCAUGUAAAGGACGAGUACGGAAAGGAUCCCGAGACCAUCGAAAAAAAUUUCAAGAUUUAAUCUUCUCAUGAAGAAAGAAACGCUACGAUUUUCCCUUCGAUUUUUCGCCCAUAUGCAUCUCUCUAAACGUGGAAUUUUCCAUUCCUACAAAAAAUAUCGAAAGUCUUUCACAUUUUGUUACCUCUCUUGAUCAAUCAUCUUGUAUAAAGAGCUAAAAAAUGUAGGUAUAUUUGGUCAAGUGACCGCUUAGACCAAGAAUUGCAUAACAGGUCUAGUUGAGAGAAACUUGUCACGUGGCAGAUUUUAAAAGGCAUCCAAUACGAAAAUACGGUAGUGACCUGAGAUUUUUUUGAUGAUUUUCAGAUAUGUUAGUACUGAAGGAGGAUGUUUCGUGAGAAAUCGGGGGUGUUUUUAUUUUUUUUUUAUUUGUGGCACUUUAAGGAGCUUUGGUUCAAUUUUAAAAUUUACAUGAUUUUUUAAGAAAGUACCCUCAAACGCUUGUUGCAAAAAGCGGAAAAUCGAGCAACUUCAAGCCUUCAAAACGCGUCUUGGUAUGAGAGAAAUCAUGUCAAACUGCAUACUGGCACAAAGGUUGGUCCUUAUACGAAAAUAAUAUGAAAUAACAAAUUUGCCGGCAAAAUAAAAGAGUUUGCAAGGCACCAUGGCCAAGGUCAGGAAUUUGCAUUAUGCAAAUCAGUUGUAGAAAUCGUACUUGAGAGCUACGAAGAAAACAAGAUAGUUAAAGAUGGUUAAACAAUUAUUUGAUAUGGAAAUGAUAUGAAAUUAUACAAUAAAAAAUCCGUAGACAUUGCUGAAGAGGGCUGCAAAUUGAUGUGUAGAUGCGAAAUUUUCUGUUAAUUUGAAUUGCAGAAGACUCUGUUAUGGUUGACUCACUAUUUCAACAGCACUACCUUCACCUAACUAUAGAUAAGGGCCGCUGUAUAGUUCACCAUUUUUGUUGACUACGUGUUUAUUAUCGACACUAUUCUUAGUUGAAUGGCUAAUUUUUCUGCAACAGCGAUAACAUUUCGUUUGAAAUAUCUUGGAUAUCUUGAAAAAAGUCAUGUGAGUAAACAAAUUCAUGCAACACCGCAAGCUUCUGCUGUGUAGUUUUUAACCUAAAGAUAACAGCCCAACUAUUUUUUUUUAUGCUAUUUGCUUUUGUUUUUUUUCGGAAAAUGGCCACAUUUCUGUCAUAAAACUUGAUAGAAAGGACUUAUGUCACGGUAGCAAUAUAAUUAUACCGUGUUGCAGUCUGUGCGAUAAUUCUCUAUGAUGCAAUCACGGUCUUUUUCUUAGAGGUAAACAAGCGCGAGGCUUUUCACAGAGCAUAUAAGGAAAACGAUGUCAUUCUGUAAUUUUGCUUCUCUUCUUGGGGGAGCUUGUGGUGCAAGUUGUGAAAAUCCAAACGUGGUUGACUUUGUCGGAUUGAAAGACUGUACUAGGGAAGUUACAGCUCACUUGAAGAGUUGUAACAUUUUGACGGAUGUUGAAAGCGUCAACAACAACGAAAGGAAAUUAUUACCAGAUUUUUUUUAUUAUAUUACUUUAGUUUAAGGACCAAACUUUGUGCCAGCAUGUAGUUUGACAUGAUGUCAGACAUACCAAGACGCGUUUUGAAGGCUUGAAGCUGCUCGAUUUUUCGCUUUUUGCAACAAGCGUUUGACGGCACUUUGUUAAAAAUCAUGUGAAUUUUAAAAUUAAUACUCCUUAAAAUGCCACAAAUGAAAAUCAAAUAAAUUAUAUUUUGAAGAAAAAACACCCACAAUUUCUUACGAAACACCCUCCUUCCGUACUAGCGCACUAAAGUUGGUCAAUUUUAAUAUAUUUUUUGCAUAAUUAAUUGGUGAAAACCCGAAUUCUCGUUUUUCCCCAUUUUCUCGCGCACAUUUAAUUUUUCAAACUUGAAAUAAUUUUUUUGAAUAUAUCUCCCUUAGAGGGUUUUCCAGGCAAAUUAUCAGAAUUUUCGGUUUUUUUAGCCUGGCCAGCGGUUCUCGAUAAUUACAGUCAUGGGCUCUUAAUAAUCACGUUCCAUUAGUCGCUACACUUCAACAUACCAAGGUUAUGAGAUUUCGUAGAUAUGGUAGAUUUCCUUGUAAUUCUGUACCUAGUUGGUUAUUGAAAAAGUUGUCAAAGGAUCGUUCAUUCGGAAUCGUUGAAUGAAGAUUGUUGUUGGUUUGAACUAAUGACAAAAAAUAAAUAAAUAAAUAAAAAAUUAAAAAAAACUAAAAAUAUUUCUGAGAGCAAGCGUGAAAGGGAAUUCUAAAUCGAGAUUUGUAACAUUUAACCCGGCUAAAUGAUCCACUAUUGUAUGAAAAAUAUUUAGUGAUCUUGUUUUGGUCUCCUAAUGCUUGCUUGUUCCAGUAAUACAGCAAAAUAGAGAUAGCGUAGGUUCUCAGUGUCAAAGGUCUAAGUAUUUCACUAAAGCAUGGUCUAUUAUGUCCUAUUUGCACAUUCAAACCACUCAAGCCUUUGACUGAUUUGGCGCAUGAGCUUGUGUGAGAAUAGGUGUCAUCGAAUUAAUGUUGAAGCCUCUAUCAUAAUUAACCAAUUUAUGUUUGCAGUGUAGGCUAACGCAAAGGGGUAUUGCACUUAUGCUGUCUCUCAAGUUGAUCUGGAUUUUGAAAUUCCUUAACAGUAUGCGAGAAUGCAAAAUACGCACUGAAUUGCAUUUUCGUCUUUGCUACUGAACUUGAUGUGAAAAAAAUUGACCUUUUUUUUUCUCGGCGGGGAUGUAGGUAAUGAAGCACCAAGGUUUGACUUCAAGAGACAUCUUUACCUAGUAUGUCAGGUCAUGUAAUAGUACUUCAUUCAAAUUUCUUCUUAUUAACGUGCGUAUGUGCCUAUGAUUCACAAAAGAUGAGGCUGAGAAUUCCCUUCAGACCUGAUUAAAAGUUCUGAUAAAGUGGGUAAACAAAACGUACAAGCCAAGGUAGUCUAUUGAUUUCGAAAAUUUAUCCUUCGAAAUUCGUUUCUUUGAUGCUGAAAGUUACCAGACGACAUAUCUACACUGUACUUGAUAGCCUUGAUCCUUAAGUAAAGCCGCAACGUUGCCAUGUCUGUUGUCUUUACCAGGUGGGGUAUUUCAUUUUCUUCUAAGACUCAUUAUAAUUUAGUUCUAACAAAGCGUUUUAUUCUACAAAAUGACCUUUCGGACGACCUAAAAAAAAUUCUAGGGGAGCAUGCUACCUGUUUACCACUCCAAGAACUUCAUUUCUUCAGCGGAUAUCAAUCCGACCACCCUUACUAAUCCUGGAUCUACCCUGAGCAGUAAAUUUACGCCAUAUAAUAAAAUUUAUUUCCUUUAGGUUCUGAUCUGUUUUUCCUGGCACUUUUUGUGACUUAUCAAAUUCUACCAUCAACGCGAGCACUCCCAAUAGAUUGCCAAAAGAACACAGCAGUCUGUUUGGAAGAAAUAAUGAAGGAAGUCGCCCAAGUUCGAUUUGAGGUUAAAAUUCUCACGGAGAACAAAACAUUGGCGAAACGUAAGCACGAUUCCUCUUCGUUCAUACGUGUUAAUACCUUUAUUAACAUUUAUUCAUUUCAAUUUUUAUUGUAAUUUUUCAUGAGUAUAUCAACUGUUAUUACGUUGUAUUUCAUCAACAGCUAAGAACUGUGUUGAACUCUACCAUUCCGGUCAAAGGAUCAGCGGUAUUUACACGAUCGACCCAGAUGACUCAGGCGCUUUUAAUGUGUAUUGUGACCAAACUACUUCUGGUGGGGGAUGGACAGUCUUCCAGAAGAGAAUGGAUGGCUCUGUUGAUUUUAAUCGCACCUGGAAUGACUACAAACAUGGCUUCGGUAACUUGGUCGGUGAAUUUUGGCUCGGACUGGACAAGAUAAACCGUCUGACACAAAACAUAACAAAGAACAUGCUUCGAAUAGAUCUGGGGGUAACUACGCGCCAAACUGUUCACGCUGAGUAUGAAUGGUUUGGGAUUGGAAAAGGGACGGCUGACUACCGGCUGUACAUUGGCAAUAUGAGAGGUAAGUAA